AGGCUUCUCGGUUUUACAUUGCAUCAUGCUCUAGCAAAGUCUUGCACCCUUUACUGAUUUAAGACAAGAUCUCAUUGAAUUUUUAGGCUGGGUUGACCCAGCCUGCAAAGCAUGGGAACUGACAUUGUAGUCCGCUCCGGUCAGGGCGACAAGUCCAUACAUCAGUUGGGGAAACUACAAGGCGCCAAACAAAAUUUUGAUCAGCCAAUCAGCGGCGGGAGUGGACGGGCGAUGACCAUGUAUGGUAAUAAAAUCAGAAAACUUCCUUUUCCAUCCAGGAUGUCACCGAAGCGCGCCGCGCGGGCCAAGCUGUCGCGGCGGCGGCGGGCGGCGGCGCCGGCGGCGCGCCAGACGAGUCCGGAGCUUCCCUACCCCGUGCUGCCGCCUCUGCCAGCCGAGGCGAACGGUGACUCGGCCGUCCUCUCUGGGGGCGGCGCCGUGAGCCCGGCGGCCGAGCCCGUGAACGGGCUGUCGGCGGCGUCCCUGGCGCCGUCUGAAGAGCCGGACGACUCUCGACAGCUCGACUCGACGGACGACAGCGAGGACGAGUCGGCGCUGGCGCUGGCCGGCAGUGCUGGCACCCUGCGUGUCGGGGACGUGGUGGUCGCCAGAUACCGCGGCGUGGAGUACCCCGCGCUCUUGACACGGCUGGAGAGGAGGAAGGCGACGGUGAAGUUCAUUUACGAUCUAGUGAAAUUCAAAAAGGCGUUCCCUAUCGGCAUGCGGCGCAAGUCCUGUCGCCCCUUCACGUAUGAGGAGAAGGUGCGCUGCGAGUCCGCCGCUAAUAGCGCCGACCCGGUCGUCGCGGAGACGCUCCGCCUCUCGCUGGAGGCAGUGGAGGAGCUGGAGGCCAGCCGUGCCAGCGGCGAGGUGGACGACCCCGAGGAAUUCCUCAAGACGAGGUGUGAUUACAUUGUGCGGCUCCGCGGGAACUCGAUGUCGCCGCAGAAGGCGCAGGUUCCGAGCCCGGCGGCGGCUGCUGUCAGUGCGCUCCAGUUCUCUCCGCUCAAACACAAAACACGGAAUUCGCCCACCGGCACCGACGCCGAUUCCGGCUCUGACGAAGAGAUCUCCGUGGUGUCGCCCUCGCCACCACCUCCACAGCCUCCGCCCGCGCCGCUGCCGCCUCAUCUGCUCGAGGAGCAGCGAGCGUACGCCGCGCGCCUGCUGGAGGUUGUCGAGAGCGAUAAGUGCGACCGCCACCUGCGGGCAGUGCACGCCGGCCGCGCGCCCUCCUGGCGACGGGACGCGUACCGGAGCGGCGCCCGUCGCCAGCUGAUCGCCUCCUCCUGCCUGGGAGACCUGGAGGCAUUCGGCGAGAUGGCCGAGCGGGCCCGGCGCCGCGCGCUGCGCGUGGUCGAAGGACUGCGCCGGCGGCGGCCUGAAUGCCCCGGCAUCUACGCGGAGGAGGUGAUGGCGCCGGAGGCGGUACUGUUCGCCGUGGCGGCGCUCAGUGACGAGCGCAGGCCGCCGGAAGAGCUUGAUUCGGAGCUGGCGCUGGGCGCGCGCCGCUUCCGCUCGUGGGAGCUGCAGAAGCGCGGAGGAGGGGAUGAGUGAUUCUGUGAACUCGGUGAGUGAUGAGCUCGAUGAGUGGGUCUGUAAGCUUGGUGUGUGGGUUUUGUGAGCUCGGCUAGUGGGUUUGUGAGCUCGAUGAGUCUGUGAGCUCGAUGAGUGAUUCUGUGAGCUCGGUGAAUGAUUCUCUGAGCCGCACCAGCUUACCAAGAUAAAAGUUUCGCUCAAUGUGCCUUGAAUUUGAUCCACUCCUCGCAGAUUGCACGCACUUGUCUUUCACAGCUACAUGCGAGAGCAACGAGAGAUCUUUGGUCGCGAGGGUUAUGCCGACGAUUGAUUUUUGACCUGGAACUUGCUAGUUUCGUUUGCAUAAUGCAUAGACAUUGUCAGAUUCCGUGUUUUGUGCCACUCUGUGUAGGCGUUGUGAUGUGAUGUUUUCAUUUAUGUCGCACGUUUGUAUUGAUAUUGUUUUGUACUACCUUGCUUGUAUGUCUUCCAUAAUAACUACGUAAUUAUAAAAUAUACUUUGAGCUGCCUGAA